CUUUUCUGUAAGGCGAAAUUCUUUGUCCGAUCACCUGCGACAGAUCUAGGGCUCCAAAAACUACCGAUCUCUUCCAAAAAUCUUCGAGAACAGAUCGAGGAUUAGGGUUUCUAGAGAUCCAGAUCUCGCUCCGAGGAUCAGAUGAAGUUAAAUAUCAACAAGGCCUGCGAUCUCAGCUCCAUCUCCGUGGUUCCUCCUAGCAGAUCGAAGGGAAUGAGCUCUGGAGCGGAUGGAUCGGGGUUGGGGAGGAGCCAGGGGUCUCAGCUCAGAUCCCAAUCUCAGCAGUCCUUUUCCCAAGGGCCGUCGCUCUCCCAGCUUUCUGGAAGAGUCUGUGAUGAUCGAUCAGGAAAAGAGAGCUAUUUGAUGGCUGAAGCUAGGGAAGAGAACUAUGAGAAUCAUCAGGAAAGCAAGGAAGAGAAGGAGAAGACUCAUGAAUCCUAUACUUGUAAUUUGAAGUUAUGAUGCCAACCCAUAUGUUACUAACCAGUUGGCAUCACAUGUUUACAGUUACUCAGAAUUCCCAAUUUUAUAUUAGGACGUUUAAGAUGCUCCUUUUGAGACUAAUAUGAAUCCAACUGUUAGUGGUCAUUACAAUCU